GGGGCAAAAGAAUACUGGAAAAUAGGCUAGAAAUAAUGUAGAUGGCUCUCAAAGUCGUAGGGUCGGAGAGCUAAAACAAAGCUAAAAAGUCUUAAUUCUACUGGUAGUUAGCUUUGCUAAUUUUACUUUUUACACACCAUUACCCCCAAUAAACUUUCUGAAAGCCUCACCAAAAUACCCAAAAACUUCUCGACCCAAACCUUCGGAUUUUCGGUCCAAGGGCUCCAUAAUCGAGUCUCACCCAUCACAGUGAUAAUUAUACCAGUUUUAAGCUUGAAGAAAUGUUGUUGGGUCAUACCGAAGGUCUGUCGGAGCUUAGAUUAUCAAAGAAUCAGCUACUCGCUGAUCAAAAAUCUGAGUUAGAUGAGGAUGACAGUGCAGACAGUACUGAGCAGUUGCUAUACUCUGCCUCUUUCGAAGAACUUGCAGAAAAUAGUAUUCAGUAUGAUACUGUUAUAUGGCUUUGUAUAUCACUGUUGCUGAUUUUAGCUUGGGGAGUUGGCAUCAUCAUGUUGCUAUAUCUUCCUAUCAAAAGACAUAUUCUUCGGAAGGAUAUUUCCUCGCGCAAAUUAUAUGUUACACCUAGCGAAAUAGUUUACAAGGCUUCGAGACCUUCGUUCAUUCCCUUUUGGGGGAUCACCACAAUUGAGAAGCACUUACCCCUUUCCCUAGUCAUUAAUAUUAUCAUUGAACAAGGAUGCUUGCAGUCAAUGUAUGGAAUACACACCUUCAGAGUUGAAAGCAUAGCACAUGGAAAAGCUGCGCCUGUAGAUGAAUUACAGAUUCAAGGUGUUUCAGAUCCUGAUGAUCUGAGGAAGGUCAUCAUAACAGAAGCUUCAAAGACUAUGCUGGAUAUUGGUAAAAAUUGGAAGCCUUCUUCUUUAGCUACUGAAGGAGAAAACAUCAGUCGGGGGGGAUCAUUGUCUGAGGGACCAGCUGUUUUCAGAUCACCAGUCAAAAGCUUGAAGAUGACAGCUUCACCUCGCUACUCUCCGAUGGACCGCCGAGGCAUAGUUCCUGGAGAUUUACUGCUUCAUAAACUUGAAGAAGUAAAUAAAUCGGUGAAGAAACUUGAGUUUCUGAUUGAAAAGUCAAAUCCUCCCCCUGAAGGCAGCUGAUAUAAAUACAAGUGUAUAUUCUGUUUAUUGAUCGGCUGUAAGAAUUGAAAGAGGAUGUUAAUCGUUUGUGCUGCUUGCCUCAUGAGUUGUUGUAUAUAGGUAGUGUAUUUGAGCUGCUUCUCAUGAUUGCAUCUUGUAUGUUGUAUACCUUAGGAUUUUUGCUAGAGUUGUUUGUGGUACUAAAGAGGCGCUGUAAUGGGUCAACCUGUUACGGCUAUGUGUUUCCAAGGAAGGGAAUCCGUAUUAACGUGGAGUCCGACCAGAAGAGAGCAUUAUCAUAGUGAACAUUCAACGCCAACCUUUCAAGGCUUUUCACUUCUUUAUCUGUCACGUGGGGAGAUAAUAGAAAAGAAAAAACAGACGACCCCUGUAUUUUCAAUGUUACGAGGCAUCUCUUUGAAAUGUUUAACCACUCUCUUUCAAAACUUGGCCUUUUUUUUUUGGCACAUACUCUCCAUUUCAUUUCUCUAUGUUAUCAAUUGUAGUAAAAUCCGAAAAAGUACUUUUAUAUCA